UUCUUAGGUGUAUUUUAGACGGCGGCCAAAGCGGAUCGUUCGGCUCUCGCGGUGCCAAUUUGCUUACAAUAAAACUAAAUGAGACGAAAAUAUAAAUAAAUAUUUAUUGAAAACGUGCUACCAGGCAAUGUUAAUGCAAAUGUAACGCGUGCGUGUGUGUGUGCUUUUGCAAAAAGUGUGUUAAGCACACAAAGAUCUAAGUAAAGAGCCUUGUGUCCGUGUGUAGGUGUGUGCUCUUAUUCUGUUCAAUUUGCCCCCAAAAUAAAAAUCAACAAAUAAGCAAUAAACCAACGGGAUCAACAGCAAAGCAGCGACGUCUGCAUCAGCACUAGCAGAACAUCGACGAUUUGAUUGUCGACAGGAAAAGUCAACACCUUAUAAGAUGUCUAACUUGAACUUCUAUGAACUGCUUAAUGCGAACGCAACGGCAACAUUUGAAGAGCUUAAGCGCAAUUAUAAGCAAUUAAUACUACAAUGUCAUCCCGAUAAAUUACAACAACAAAAAACUGUAGCUGUAACUGUAACCGCGAACGAGAGCGACCCAAAUCAAGAGAGCGACAACAAUUUCAAUGCGAUAAACGAAGCCUGGAAUACGCUUAAAGAUCCCAUAAAGCGUAAACACUAUGAUGCCGAAUUAUUGCAGUCGAAGUUUGAAAAGCACAACAAUAUCUAUGCCAGCGUAACGCUAAGCGACAUGCACAGCACUCGAGUCGAAAUGGCUGAAGACGACGAGGAGGGGGACAAUGAGAAUGAGAAUGAGAAUGAAAUCGACACAGACAAAGAGUCGACAACAACAGCAGCAGCAAAGUGGAGCUCGGCCUAUGCGUACGAUUGUCGCUGCGGCGGACAAUACGUGCUGCUGGACGAUGAGUCACAAAGAGAGCAGCAGCCGAGGGCAAGUGAAAUGAUUGUCGAGUGCAGCGAAUGUUCUCUAGUGAUAAUUGUGAAACCAGACGCAAAUAUAUCAUAAAACUGUAAUGUCCACAUAUGUAUGUAUGUAAAUAAAUUGUAAAACCAAA